UCAGAGGCUGAGCUUAUGAAGAGUAUGGGAUUGCCUCUUCAGUUUGGUGGGCAAUCAGCCCACAGGGACUUUGUGGCAACAGAAACCUAUAGAAAGAGAAGUAACAUGAAGAUUAUGAAAAAGAAAAAGAAGAAGAAGAAAGAGUUAGAGCAAAAACAUGAGGGUAAAAUGCAGCAGGAGUGCCAGGAUCAGGCUUGUGGUGGACAUAUCCAAUCCAUCUCUGGUGAGAAGAGCAACAAAGCUCAGGUUGUAAGUGAAGGGAACUGUGAAGGUUCAGAAAGUCUUGGAAGUGAGACUUUACCCAGUGAACUUAAAGAAAAAUGGGAGAAAUACUGGAGUGAGUAUGGAGAGGGCCUUCUUUGGCAAAGCUGGCUGGAGAAGCAUCAAGAGCUCUCAUUGUCUGAGGCCACUACAGCCUCUGAGCUUUGGAAUAGUCCAGACACCAAGGAAGAGUGGGAGCAGCAUUAUAGUGAACUGUACUGGUAUUACUGGGAACAGUUUCGGUACUGGACAAGUCAGGGAUGGACUACUGAGAGCUCACACGGUGACAGCAUGGAAGCAAAUGGGAUUACCCAGGAGAUGGGCCUUUGGGGAAAAACUGACUUGGUUAUUUGUCCAGGGGCUGAACACAGUGAAGUGCUGGGCUUGGAGCUGUCCCCUUCUAACAGCAGAAGUGAGGAAACAGUCCCUUCAAGUGCUGAGCCCAACAGUGAAAUCAUCUCUGGGAUUUGUAAUAUAAAUCUGAAUUUGGAGGCAACAGAGCAGAGCAGUACAGCUCUAACAGUAGCCCACCAAGGUCCUCAGGAGCAUGGUGCAUCUGACUGUGAAAGCCAGAAGGAGCCUUGUGAUGGAGGAACCAGGAAAAGGAAUGCAUCUUGUGAAAACAAAAGUAUUAAUCAGUCAGGUUCACAGGGGUCAUGUGGCUUGAAUUCACAUGGCAAAGAACAACUGCUGCAUUGUGACCGAGAUGAAGAUGAGGAUGAAGAGCCUCCUGAAUACAGACAGGUCAAAGUCAAGAGAAGCCAUGAACUGGAUGUGGAUGAGAACCCGGUGGAAGAUCCUGAAGAAACCUGCUCUAUUUUGGGUUUCAAGUGUGGCACAGGACAAAAGUAUGGUGGAAUUCCAGAUUUCACUCACCGAAGUGUGCAGUACUUGGAAAAAAAGGCAAAACUCAAGUCCAGAUUCUUGGAUAUGCGUAAACCAAGGAAGAGCAAAAACACACACAUCUUCUUUACAGAGGAAUCUGAAAUGUCCUGCAAGAAACCUAAGACUUUGAAGAAGGUGGAAGACUUCCUAAAGCUGGUUAAUAAACCCACAUCCCAGACAGCAUCUCCAGAGAGUAAAGCAAAGGCGUCGUCUUCCAGCAGUGACUCAGAGGACCAGGAAAGUGUUACUGCUGCCCAGACUGUGACACUGAACACUCAAAACCAAAAGCCACCUUCUUCCAGUGCAGUCUUCACAGAAGCUGGAGGCAGUCACCUUGAGGAGGAAGCACAGGACAUGGCAGCAAGCGGCUCUGGUGAUGAGCAGGGUGUGGGGAAGCAGAAGGGCUGUGGGAGACAGCUGCUCUCUCUGGAUAUUCCUGAUUACCUCCAGGCAGACACAGAGGAUGUCAGCCAAGCUGUAGAUGAAAAAGUUACUGCAAAGAAGAAGGAGAAAAGAAGGAGAAGAAAGAAAAAAAAUGGGCUGGGAGCUAUCCCUGCUGAGAUUGCUGCUGAUCCAGAGCUGGCCAAGUACUGGGCACAACGCUACCGACUGUUCUCUCGCUUCGAUGAGGGGAUUAAACUGGACAGAGAGGGUUGGUUUUCUGUAACUCCUGAGAAAAUAGCUGAGCACAUUGCUGUCCGUGUCAGCCACUCGUUCAACUGCGAUGUCAUAGUGGAUGCCUUCUGUGGGGUUGGAGGAAAUGCCAUUCAGUUUGCCUUGACUUCCAAAAGAGUGAUCGCCAUUGACAUCGAUCCCGAGAAGCUCAGCCUGGCGCGCAACAACGCGGAGGUGUACGGCGUGGCAGACCAGAUAGAAUUCGUGUGUGGAGACUUCAUGGUGCUGGCUGCUGACCUGCAGGCAGAUGUUGUGUUCCUCAGCCCUCCGUGGGGAGGGCCUGACUAUGCCACUGCUGAAAUCUUCGAUAUCCAGACCAUGAUUUGCCCAGAUGGAUUUGAAAUUUUCAGGCUCUCCAAGAAGAUCACCAACAAUAUUGUGUAUUUUCUACCUCGGAAUGCUGACAUUGAUCAGGUGGCUUCCUUAGCAGGGCCAGGAGGGAAAGUUGAAAUAGAACAAAAUUUUCUCAAUAACAAACUGAAGACAAUAACAGCUUAUUUUGGUGAUCUAAUAAGGCAUGAUACCUCCUGA